ACAGUUAGUCAUGAUGUCGGGCUGUGUCAGAAUGACUAAAGCAAAUAGUCCAUGAUUGCGUAUGUCUGGGACAAACUUUGUUUUCCUGUUCCUGUAGGUUAGUGUCGGUCAUCAAUCUGUAGCUGGGAUUUGUUGAUUUCCUCCAUCUCAAGCCUCUAAUUAAUCUUGAAGGAAUAUGUUUACUUCCAUGAGAGCAGGACUCCUCUGGUUUUUCCUUCCACUAUGGCUGACGUAGUGCGCAUCCUGUUGUUGUAAACUUGCAGCAACCAGCCGGCAACCUCAGCCUCCGGGCCCUGUUUCCUUUACCCACUGGGCACAAGAGUAACCAUCCUGCCAGGAAAGCCCAUCUUUCACUCACAUAUCAUCUUGCCACAGAUUACGUCUUUUAGAGCACUCAAAACACACUUUAUCUUUACAGUACACUGUGUAUGACAGUUGAAAGUAGGCCAUCUAAGUUGAAAACAAACAGAUCUGAUUUGCUAGAAUAAAAUCUAAAUGUUGGCUGUCAUGCCCUACUGAAGAUUGUUUUCAGUUGCAGCUGAUCUGAUGUAGCUUGGUGAGAUUUUUAUUUUCAACAGACACCUUUUAAUAAUAUACUGAGGAUAUCCAACCUCUUCAGACUGCAUACCUGAAUCGACUCAACCAUGAAAAUAACUCCAUCUUCUGGCAUGAGACACAAACUGCAUUUUAAUACUGUUUGCACAGUAUGUAAUACUCUUUCAUUUACUUGAUGGAAGGAUUUUGAUCAAUAAGUAGACAGACAUUUUAAGCUGUGGUGCUCUUUACGUGACCAUCCAUAGAUCCAUUGCGGUCACGCAACAGCUAAACAAGCGUGAUAAAAAUAAAAUCUUAAUGUUUCUUUCCAUUAGAUAAGUGAUGAGAGUGAAAGAGUGUGUCAAAACUGGACACAGGAAGAGUGAAAUGUGCAGCACAUGCCUGCAUGUUAGAGUGUCAACACUGAGAGAUAUAAGCUUAAGAGUCCAUUAGUGGAUUAUAACCAUAACCACUCCAUGGCUCCUGCAUCUCUUGGAUUAAUCGGAGAGAGAGAGAGAGAGGGAGAGGGUGAGAUAGAGUGAUACAGAGAUAUGCUGAGGUAACUGGAAAGCAAGAGAACUGAGCAAAUUCAAAGGUGGAGAGUAGUUUACUGUGCAUAUGUGGGCUGAGACACACUGGGGAGUGAGCUGAAGUCAAGUUGAAGCUGUGACAGCACUUUGGGUUGGUGAUUUUGACACACCUACCGUAUAUCACCUGAAGAAUAAGUGAAUUGCACAAGGAAGCAUGGAAGUGGACCUGCAGGGGAUUAUCCAGUGCAUGAAGCUGGGGGAUGAGACCGGUGUACAGACACAUCUGCAGGAGUUCAACAAAGAGUUUGCCCAGUGCUUCUUCUUUGAUGCAGAAGAGAAAGACCGAAGGAAACAAAGAAAGCUAGAAGAGUUUAAGAAGAACAAAGUGAGGGACUACACUGAUUCGGACUCUGACUGUGAUGAGUACGACCAGGAGGAUCGAGGCCUCAUCCUCAGACAGAAUUUAGCUGUUGUCCUCUUGAGGUUCAUGAGAUCAGGACUUAAAGGUCGUCUGUUGAGAGUAUCUCUACGCACCCUGAGGAUCCUUUCCAGGGACAAAAAGGUCCUGGGCCCCAUGGUGACCGACAGCGCUCUCCUGACUGUCGCCAAACUAGCCGGGCUGACUACAUGCGAUGCAAGCGACGAAGCCAGCAUCCCCGACUCUGAUUUCUACGAUAACAUCAUCGUUUCCCUCACUGAAGCGAAAGUGUUUCAGUGUCGCAGUGAUGAGGACGAAGGCGAUGUUGAAGCGAGCAACCAAAAUGAAGAGUGUCCUGCCUUCGAUGAGGACGCCAAGAGUGAUGUCAGCAAUGCCACCAGUGGAGAUCUGGACUGCAUCAGCUGGGUCGGGAGCCACAGGCCGAGCAUCGUCGAAAUGCACAGAGGCAGUACUCAUCAGAAGGCACUGGAGCAAGGGAGGAGGGAUCGCAGAGAGAGCCAGGAGGAAGAGGAAGAGGAGGAGGAGGGCAGUUCAGGAGAGGAGACACAGAGAAAAGAGGCCAUGAAGGUGUUGUGUAAUGUGGUGUACAACAGCACCUGGGCACAGGAGAAGUUCAGUGCUCUCAGGCUCAUGUGUGGUCUCAUAGAGUGUCUAUCCACCAGUAUCAGUUGCUCAUCUCCCUCCAGUGUCCAGUUCUAUGAACUACGCCUCAUGUUCCUCAUUACUGCACUACGGCCAGAGCUCAGGACUCAGCUCCACCAGGAGGGAGGUGUGUCCAUCCUCACUGCAGCCCUGGAGAGCUGCCUGGAGGUUGAGUGGAAGGAGCAGUAUGAGUGUGUGCUGGGCCCAGGAACGCCACCCAUCUCACUGGAAGCCUCUCAGCGUGUCAUAGAGAUCCUCAAAAUCCUCUUCAACGUCACCUACAGCACCCACAGGCAGGAGCCAAGUGAGGAUGAUGCUGCUCUUUACCGACACCUGGUGGCACUGCUGCGUGUCUGCCUGAUGAGGAAGUGUACUCUGUCAGAGGACACUGACGAGCUGCAAGGUCACACAGUCAACCUGUUGUCAGCGCUGCCUCUCCAGUGUCUCGACGUGCUCCUCGUGGUGCCUCUGCAGCCAGGCUCGGAGCAGUGCCAUGGGGUUAACAUGGACUGUGUCCACACCCUCGUACAGUUCAUGGAGAGGCGUCUGGAGUCGGGCGAUAAGAUCAAAGAGAAGGUGACACCAAUCCUCAAUCUGCUGACGGAGAGCUGCAGGGCUCACAGAGAAACACGCCAUUACAUCAGGAAACAUAUCCUGCCUCCUCUGAGAGACGUGUCACAAAGGCCAGAGGAAGGCUCCACAGUGAAGAGUCGCCUGAUCCGUCUCAUGACUCAUCUGGAUACAGAUGUCAAACACUGCGCCGCCGACCUCAUCUUUGUCCUCUGCAAGGAAAAUGUGAGUCGUUUUGUCAAGUACACGGGCUACGGCAACGCAGCGGGCCUGCUGGCCACCAGGGGCCUGCUGGGCGGACAGGGUCCCAGGACCACCAGCUCUGAUGGCCAGUACUCCAGCGACUCUGAUUCGGACACUGAGGAGUACCGGCAGGUCAAAGAUCGCAUCAACCCGGUGACGGGGCGGGUGGAGGAAGAGCAGCCGGACCCCAUGGAGGGCAUGACAGAGGACGAGAAGGAGGAGGAGGCCAAGAGGCUGAUCAUGCUCUUCAACAAGCUGUCCACAGGAAACAUCAUCCAGCCGAUGGGAGUGGAUUCAGAGGGAAAGCUGGUCCCAAUGUCAGGACUGAGACAAAAUUCUCUCACUGAGGAGAGGGAGUCUGGAUCAGAGAAUGACGGAGACACCGAGGAAGGAGAGAAGAACUGAAACAUCACAAAUUCAUUCAUUCAAUUGUUUUUUCUUCUAUAAACAUCUGAUAUCUAAAGUGCAUAAAAUAUGACAUGAAAGCAAAGUGAUGGAAGUCUCACCCACACCCAGACAGAAAGGAUAUAAAAAGCAUCUUUUUAUUUAUAAAAACAGAGUAAGGUCACUUUAGUUUGAGUUAAGAAUGAAUUUCUGAAUUGAUAGUAGAUCAUAGAAUUAUAUCAUUCAAUAAUUUAAUAUUAUGUCUUGUAAUGGUAUUGUUUGUACUGAUAUGAUGUAUUUCGAUGUGUAAUUUCAGUCAUUCUUCAGUGCUUCAGAGUGAAUUCAGACUGUAUUUAAAUAUUGGUUAGCCAUGUCCUCUAAAAAACGUGAUGAAAUAAAAAUCUAUACAGCAUAUUUAUUCUA